AUGGCGAAAGUCGGCUUACUUUCGCUUCUCUAUCCUUUACUUCUUUCCAUCCUCGUGCUCAACUGCCACUGCCUAGAACGAAAGCUCCAUGUUGUCUACAUGGGAGACCGGUCUCACGAAGACGAAUCGGUUGCAACCAAACAUCACUCCAUGUUGCAUAGAGUCCUCGGCAGUGCUUCGGCGGCCAAAGACUCGUUGGUUUACAGUUACGGAAAAAGUUUUAACGGAUUCGCAGCAAAGCUAACACAGGAGGAAGCAUCAAGAAUUUCAGAUAUGGAUGGAGUGAUCUCGGUGAAUCCGAGCCGUACAUACAAGCUCCACACCACCAGAUCUUGGGACUUCGUCAACCUAACCAUCGACAAAGUCGGAGCACCACAAGAAUCCGAUGUCGUCAUCGGCCUCCUAGACACGGGAAUCUGGCCCGAGCAUCCGAGUUUCAACGACACGGGUUUCGGUCCUCCUCCGUCGAAAUGGAAGGGUACCUGCACAAACACAAAUUUCACCUGCAAUAACAAGAUCAUCGGAGCACGUUACUACAACAGCGAAAACGAGUACUACCAAGGAGACAUCCCAUCUCCGAGAGACUCCGAAGGACACGGGACCCACACGGCCUCGACCGCCUCGGGAAUCGAGGCGGACGCGAGCUACUUCGGUCUAGCUAAAGGCGUAGCCAGAGGAGGCGUGCCGAGUUCGAGAAUCGCGGUCUACAAAGUUUGCUGGUCGUCCGGUUGCGGUUCCGCAGACAUCCUUAAAGCCUUCGAUGAUGCAAUAGCGGACGGAGUCGAUAUCAUAUCCGUUUCUUUAGGAUCCGAGUGGCCCAUGGAUUACUUUGACGACCCGAUCGCGAUCGGAUCUUUCCAUGCUAUGAAAAACGGAAUCUUGACCGCCAACUCAGCGGGAAACUCCGGCCCUUCCCCUGUUUCCGUCGCCAACUAUUCUCCUUGGACACUCACCGUGGCUGCAAGCUCGAUCGACAGAAAAUUCGUCGCUAAAAUGGAACUCGGAAACGGUCAAAUCUUCACCGGGAUCACUAUCAACACGUUUGAUUUGAACGGGACAUCGUACCCUCUAAUAUGGGGCGGAGAUGCUGCGAACUACACCAUCGGCUCGAGUCCCGAUAUCGCGAGACUUUGCUUACCUGGCGCUAUGAGUUCCGAUAUAGUGUCGGGAAAAAUCGUUUUCUGUGAAGCUCUUUGGGAUGGUUCCGGAAUUCUUAUGGCUAACGGCGUGGGGACGAUAAUGUCCGACGUCAAUUUCGUAAAUCCCGAUGUCGCCUUUAGCUGGCCGUUACCGACAACAAUUAUCAGCCCGGAAAAUGGCCGAGCUGUCCUCGAAUACAUCAGAAGCACAGAGAAUCCUACGGCAACGAUUUUCGUUACGGACGCAUGGAAAGACGUUAUGGCUCCGAUGGUUGCGUCGUUUUCUUCGAGAGGACCGAGCCCCAUCUCCCCCGACAUUCUCAAGCCGGAUAUUACAGCACCCGGUGUGGAUAUUCUUGCCGGGUGGUCCCCACUUUCACCGUCGUCGGUCUACUACGGCGACACACGGAGCACGCUCUACAAUAUCAUUUCAGGCACAUCCAUGUCUUGUCCGCAUGUCAGUGGCGCUGCCGCCUACGUCAAAGCUGUUCACCCGAACUGGUCGCCUGCCGCCAUCAAAUCCGCCCUCAUGACAACAGCUUACGUAAUGGACCCCACAAAACACGAAGAUCUCGAAUUCGCAUACGGUUCGGGUCAAAUCAAUCCAGUUGCUGCAAGAAACCCCGGUUUAGUAUUCGACGCAUCGGAAAAGGACUACAUCAACUUCCUCUGCAAACAGGGCUACAACGCUUCGACCCUCGGUCUAGUCACGGGUGACAACAGCACCUGUGCCGGUACGACACCUGGCAGAGCAUGGGAUCUCAACUACCCGUCUUUCUCUCUCUACGUGUUAGACGGACAGCAGAUUAUGGGAACCUUCACCAGAACAGUUACAAAUGUGGGAGCUGCGAAUUCAACCUACAAAGCAACCUCGUACGUGCCGGAACUCAUCGGUCUUGCAAUCGAACCGUCUGUACUAACAUUCUCGGAAGUUGGACAAACGCAGACGUUCACCGUGAAAGUGGCGGGACCCGCCAUAUCGCAGCAGCCGAUCGUGUCUGGCGCAAUCGUAUGGACCGAUGGAUCCUAUGUUGUCAGGACGCCAAUUGUCGUCUACAAUUACUUACCCGGAGCGCCUUACAAUCUCGACACGGCUGCAGCAAAUCCAACUCUGCAGCGUUCUUCGGUUUACAAGAAAGUUCAAAGCAUUCGAAAUAGCCAAACACGUCAUUAGUUUCUUUAAAAUGAAGCAACGAUACUAUGUUUCAAAAGUGACGGCAACAAAUAAAGAGGCGGUUAAAAAUUCCAUGCCGCGCUCCGAGAAUUGUACGUUGCGACGAGAAUAUUAAAUAACACCGUUGCCUACUUCUAGAACAUACUACCAUCAAAGUUUCUUCGU